ACAUUCUCCGUUUUCUGCAUUCAAAACGCAAAGCACAACACAAGGCACUCUUUUUAGUGUGAAAACUGAAACCUCCAUGGAUUAUCCCCAAACAGGACAUCCUCAUGGCCAUCAUUACGAGGAAGACCCCCACAGCGUUGGGCUACAUUCUGCGACGGAAGGUGAGGAUCACCAUGAGAAGAAGUCGGUUCUGAAGAAGGUGAAGGACAAGGCCAAGAAGAUAAAGGACACCAUUACAAAGCAUGGCCAUGGCCAGCAUCACGAUGAACAUGGUCAGGAGUUUGAUGAAGAGGAUGAUGAGGAUGAAGAAAUGGCGGAAGAACAGGGUGGACAGAAAUAUGAGUCAACUGUUAUUAAAAGCAGAACCAUCCCAAUGGAAGAAUUGUAUGCAGGGCAAAGUGGGCCAACUUUGGAAAGAACAACAGCCAUGAAAGAGGACCCUCUUGUUCCAAAAGACGCGACAACUACUCCAUUUCCAAGCCAGACUCCUGGGAAAGAGGACACUUCAAGGCAGUAUGGGGACAAUCUGGGAAGGCCAACGGCAAUGGAGGAUCACCCUUAUGCCCCGGAUAACACACCCCAAACCUUUUCUGUUGAGCCAUAUUCAACUACAAGGCUUGAUGAGCAUCCGAAAGAGGGAAACCCGGAGAAAUCUAGAGUCAAUUUAGGAGCAUCAAUGGGUUUAGAGGAGAAUCCUCACGCGCCGAAGGAUAGGCCAGAAGCAGUUGAUCCUCCCAACUAUCAGACCAAGGUCGCUGAUCCAACUGGUGAUGGUGGUGAAGAAGUGGUAAUCGCUCCCAUUAUUAGUUCUUUUGACAAAAUAAGUGUACAGGAUAAGCCAGAACAACCGUUUGCUACUAGGACAGGAAGCCAUGACCAGUUCUCUCCAGAGCCACUUCCCGCCGAGACCAAAACCACAGAAGAUCCCCAGGAUACCAACAAUGCUGAGAAGCCAUCCAACGAGAAAACAUACACCGAAAAGAUCUCAACUGCAGCAAUAUCUGCAAAGAACACUGUAGCUUCAAAGCUUGGAUAUGGAGGGACCGACAAAGGAGAGGAAACGCAUGAAGGAGGCGACCAAACUGCUAAAAAAACUUCCUCCGUAACUGAAUAUGGUAAGAAAAUUGCAAACACAUUGACUGAAACGCUUUCGCCUGUGUAUGGGAAGGUGGCAGAAGCAGGAAGUGCAGUGAAGUCCAAGGUGCAAGGCACUGGUUCGGAAAGAGAAGGGCCUAAAGAGCAUGACAAGGGUUCUGAACCGGAGGGCUGCAGAGCACCAGAUAAUGUAGUCUCAAUGAAGGCCUAUUUGGCUGAGAAGUUGAAGCCCAGCGAUGAAGACAGGGCCCUUUCUGAGGUUAUUUCGGAUGCGUUGCAGAAGAGGAAGCAAGAGCCUGAGCUUGAGACUAAGUCUAAGCCAAUGGGGAAGGUGACAGAGUCGGAGGAGGUGGCGAGGAGGCUGGGCACCGAAAAUAAGCCUUCAGGGGAAGCCUCUGAUUCUGGAGACGUGAAAUUUGAUUCUUCGAGCAAUGUGAACUCUGGGUCUGGUGUGGUGGAUAAGCUUAGAGGGGCAGUUAGUUCAUGGCUUGGGAAAGGAGGAGACUCACAGACACGCCCACAGCCCAUUGGUAAUGGAUUAUGCCACUAUUUACUCCUUUUUUUUUUUAAUUAUUUUUUUGGGAGUUUUUCAGCUUGCAGAUGUGACUUUUUUUCCCUUCUUUCUUUGGGAGUUUUAGCAGGCAAUGAAGGUUUUUCCACUUCUGGCAAUGGGGGAGAAAGGCAAGGAAAUGACGUUGCGAAGGAUAAAAGAACUUAGGCGCAUUGGAAAUGAAGUACUUGUGUUAGCGUCCAUGUUGUGUGCUCUGUUUUUUCAUGGUAAAUAAGUGAAUAGACACUAUUCAUGUGUAUAAGUAGACUCUUCAUGUGGAUGAUGUAAUAUGUAGUCUGUCAUGAAAAUCUGAGUUUUACGAGGAGAAGAUGUAAUGAGGACGAGUAAUUUGUGGGUUUGUCACUACAGUAUGUGUAAUUAUUAAUCAAGUCAAAAGGGAUGUUUAGUGUGCCCCUUCAAUAA